AGUGAUUGAGUCCUACAAAGUUAGGUAAUUGUCCAAGGUCAUGUGGUUGGAAAUGCAAUAGAAUUCAGAUUCAAGCUUGUAUUUUUCUGGUUUGAACAGGCCAAUGAGUAUUCUCAUCAUCGAGGCAUUCUGUGGGGGCUCCCAUAAACAGCUGGUAGACCUGCUCCAAGAAGAACUGAAAGACUGUGCCGUUUAUACCCUCCCUGCAAAGAAAUGGCAUUGGAGAGCACGGACAGCAGCUUUAUACUUCUCUCAGAAUGUUCCUAUCAGUGAGCAUUACAGGAUCCUCUUUGCAAGCUCAGUGCUUAACCUGACUGAACUGACUGCCCUUCGGCCUGACCUUGGGAAAUUAAAAAAGAUCCUGUACUUCCAUGAAAAUCAAUUGGUAUAUCCUGUAAAGAAAUGUCAAGAGAGGGAUUUUCAGUAUGGCUACAACCAAAUUCUUUCAUGCCUAGUGGCUGAUUUGGUGGUAUUCAACUCAGUUUUUAAUAUGGAGUCAUUUCUCACUUCUAUUGGAAAAUUUAUGAAGCUGAUUCCAGAUCAUAGACCCAAGGAUCUGGAAAACAUCAUCAGACCCAAGUGCCAAGUUAUUUACUUUCCCAUCAGAUUUCCUGAUGUGAGCAGAUUCAUGCCCAAGCACAAAAUAGCCCAUUUACAGAAGAUGCUCAGCCUUAACGGAAAUGGCGGUGCUACUCUAUCCAUGGCCCAUCCUUCCCAACCAAAACGGAGAGAUUCUGAAAAUUUAUUGGAGAAUUUUAAUUUAGAGUGUGAUGUACACUCUGGCCUCAAUACUGCACAAGAAAACCUGGACAGCUCAUCAAUGCAGGAAUCAGACUUUAAAAAAUCUAACUCGACAGAUAAUUCAAGCUCUCUUCCUGUGGAAAAGAAAGAGAAUCUGACUCAUAAUCCUUGUGACAUUUUGGGUGGAGCCGAUGAUCAGCCACAACCAUUGCACAUUGUCUGGCCUCACAGGUGGGAGCAUGACAAAGAUCCAGAGACAUUUUUUAAGGUAUUAAUGCACCUAAAGGAUUUAGAACUUCCUUUUCACAUCUCUGUCCUCGGAGAAACUUUUACAGAUGUCCCAGAUAUAUUUUCAGAGGCCAAAAAGGCAUUGGGAUCUUCGGUCUUACACUGGGGCUACUUACCCUGCAAAGAUGACUAUUUCCAAGUCCUGUGCACGGCUGAUGUUGUCAUCUCAACAGCUAAGCAUGAAUUCUUUGGAGUGGCAAUGUUGGAAGCUGUGUACUGUGGUUGUUAUCCACUUUGUCCCAAAGAUUUGGUUUAUCCCGAAAUAUUUCCAGCUGAAUAUCUGUAUUCUACACCUGAACAGCUUUCAAAAAGACUCCAGAAUUUCUGCAAGAGACCAGAUAUUGUAAGGAAACAUCUCUAUAAGAGACAACGAAUACAAUUGUUUCUAUUCUGGAUGAACAUGGAUCUGUUUUGCAAAUGUUUGUAAGAUAUUAUGACAUUUCCAAGAUUUUCUUUGCAUUCUGGAAAAGCAGGAGGUAAACAUUUGUAGUCAUUAAGGUAAAGUCUGUUGAUAAACCAUCUUCUGUUUACUGACAGGUAAAUUAUAACUUCCCUAGCUUUUGAAAUAAAUACCUUCUAUGCACUGCACAGUGAGGACCCACCAGGGAGAGAUAGCCAGAUUAGGGCCAGUGCUUGCUCUCUGUCUUCCAGAAGACUGAGAAUUCUAGCAAGCAUUCAAGAUGGAGUAGGCUAUGGCAUCAAAGCCCAAUAGAGUCCAUGUACUAUGUGGCAAAAGCAAGAAAUAGGUGAAAGUCAGGGAACAAGGCAUAACUGUCAGGAUAGAGGCAGCCUUGCAGACCAAUGAAAGUCAUUCAGUCCAUAAGUCCUGGAAUUUCAAUAAAGGAAAAAGCAGAAAUUACACGCUUAGUCUUUGAACAGAUUCCUCUCCACAUCCAGUAUGACAUCCGUAGUAUGUGAUGGGCCACCACACCACCAGCCUCUUGCAAUCUGGCAGAGGUGCUCCAUUUCCGAGCCAACUGAAGAUACAUAAAUAUGAAUAAGAAGUUCAUAGAUACUUCUCUUGGGUAAGGUUGUACUUUAUGCCCUCUAACGAGAUGUAUCACAGAUGACAUAUUCUAAGAUAAUAUAGAUCUUGUAGCCAAGAAACAAUGCUUCGUUUCCCUGUGCAUUUUUAUCCUGAAAAUAUUAUGAUAGAUAAAGAUCCCAUAUGCACAACUAUCCAUAUGUUUCCUUACCCACUGGUGGAGGAAAAUUAAAUAUUGUUCAGCAAGUACAUUCAAAAUAUGUAAAUAUAAUCCUGGUUUUGGGCAAAUAUAAUAAUGAAUGUGACCUGUACAUAGGGUUUUUUCCCCUGUACCUAUUAUUCAAGUUGUUUUGUCUUUACCUAUGCCCAUCAUUCCCUUCCCAUAUACCUUAUGAUACAUGAAAACUAUACCUUCAGAUUUGGUUCUAAUGCAUUUAAGCAAUAGUUUUAUAAAUGUAGAAUUCUGAACACUGCAAAAGCCAUGACUGUAUCUGUGUGAGUACCUGUGUACAUAGAUAAUUGUUAUUUUGUUAGUCUUGGUGGAUCACUAGGAUUCCAUCUUGACUGAUUAAUUCCUGCUUCCCUUGGUUUUAGAGAAGAAAUCAAAUGCCCACAUUAUUUUUGUUUUUAGUAUGUGUUUUUGAAAAUUUCUCAUGUAUCUUUUGUUCUUACUUAAUUCAAUGACUUUUAUUGUUUUAAAGUAAAUCAUUGUCUUUUAAAGUUUUGUUGUUAUCAAAAUCUGACUAAGUAUCUAGAAUGAUUAUUCAAUAUUUGUUCUUUGUUUCUAUAUUAAAUAAUAUUAAAUA